AUGGCGGAAACAGUACAAUAUCGCUUGGAACGUAUGGUUCCGGAGCUCGAGGAAUUCGAGCGUAAGGGACUAUUUAGUAAGACCGAGAUCAAGGCGAUCAUUAAGAAACGCACCAAUUUCGAAUACGCCAUUGCUCGACGCAUUGUCAAAAAGAUUGACUUUCUACGUUAUAUCGAAUAUGAAAUGAAUCUCGACAUGUUACGCAAAAAGCGGAAAGCGCUUCUUCCUAACAAUGACGACGAUAAAACACGCGUAUCUGAAUACUCGAUUAAACAACGAAUCAACGGUCUAUUUAAACGUGCUCUUAUCAAAUUCAAUGGCGACGUAUCCUUGUGGAUGCAGUACAUUGAUCAUGCAAAGCGAAGCAAAGCAAAUAAUGUGCUAAGUGGCAUUUUCGUUAGUGCUUUACAAUAUCAUCCACGGAAACCCGAAUUGUGGAUCUUGGCAGCAUCUUGGGAGUUUGAAGAUAAUGCAAACCCUGCCGCGGCACGAGUAUUAAUGCAACGCGCCUUACGACUUAAUCCUGACAGCGAAUCGUUGUGGCACGAAUAUUUCCGUCUCGAAUUACUCUAUGUUGAAAAGAUCAAAAUGCGACGACGUCUUCUCGGUGUGGAUGAAAAGUCAUUAGAACAACAAAAGAAGGAAGAAGAGCAGCGGGCUAUGGAAGUCGACGAGAGUGAUGAAAACACGAUCCGACUUCCCACGAUUACAGGCGAAGAUAUGGAGAAUUGGAACGAAGAGAGCGACGAACGUAAAACGGUUAAAAAGAUGGAAGCGUCGACCGCCGAAGCAUUAAAAGAGGGCGUGAACCCCAUUUUGAACGGUUUACUUGCGAAAAUUAUAUAUGAUAAUGCCAUUGAAGCUAUACCAAAAGAGCUGGAUUUUCGAACCAAGUUCGUCGAUAUUUAUCGUAUGUUUUCAGAAUCAGAGCUAGGCAUUGAUCAUGUGCUUGAGACGAUCUUGCGUGACAUGCAAUCCAAUCCAGCUGCUCGAUCCUACCUUGCUCAGCGACACUUAUUCUCUAAAGUCAAGCAAACAUCAGAGAACGAUACCUCAAGAUACAUUGGCACGGGUGAACCUGAAUUCAUUCCUGCCAUUAAAGCUUGUGUAGAAGAUUUCAAUCAAGCAGUUCAGGAGGUUCCUACUGCUGAGAUGUUUGAACGCUACACCCAAUUUCUGCUCGAACAGCAUAAUUUCACUUUUGAAGAAAACCUUAAACUCUAUCUCUCUAAAGUUUUACAACGAGCAUUCAAAGUGGCACGGAAAAUGGACGUUUCAUCCGCUACUUUAUGUAAAAAUCACAUAGAUUCCUUAUUAGAAUACGACGAGGAUAAAGCACAAUCCGUCGUAACAAAAUCCGUUCAACAAUAUCCCAACUCUUCCGACUUGUGGCUAAUGAAGAUCACCCUUUGCAGCAAAGAUGAUGAAGAUGAGCUGUUCCAGCAAGCUUUGAAGAAUUGCCCUGAAUCAUAUGGUUUGUGGGAUUUUUUCACAACGUGUCUGGGCAACCGAUGGAACACGGCGGUUGCAAUGAAGAAACAACAGGACGCUGGGGAAGAACUCGACAAGUUAUACAUGCGCGCUGCUGAACAAGUCACUAUGCUGCUACCUUCGCUUUCCACUGCUGCUCCUGACGACCGCAACCGGAUCAAAGAUUUGGUUUUGUGCAGUUAUGUACGCUGGUCAAAGGAAGCCAAGGGCGUUGUUGGCGCAAGAGCCGUCUAUAAAAGAAUCAUCCAAAGCCUGUACCCGACAUAUGGUUUUUACCAGACAUGUCUUGCGAUUGAGAAAGAAGAACAAGACAGCGAGCCAGUUGAGUACCUGUAUGAAAUGGCUACGCGUCUGGACAACCACAAAGAAGAAAUCUACCAAAUGUAUAUCUCCUAUCUUCGAGAGCAAAAGAAGUUCAAAAAGGCUGAUCAUGUUCUGUGGAAAGCGACCAAAGAAGUACCCGAGUUCCAAAUUGACAAUCAAUAA